AUGGCUACCAUGGAGUGUAUGAGAGACAUUGGCUUAGAGCAUGAAUGUCGUCGAAAUGGAUUGGAAUGGUCCUCUAUGUCCACCGUCCAUUGGGACGAGUCCAUGUCUGGGAAGGAGUUUGCCCGGCUGCCAGCGUGGGGAAAUGGCCCGAGUGAAGCUCGGUAUCGAGGAGCUAGUCCCUGUACACCGAUAGAUCUUGCACAAACCCUUCUAGAGCCAAUACUUGUCCAGAAAGCCGCAACGACUGGAUUCACUGUUCGAUUUGAUACCGAAUUUCUUUCAUUUUCGGAGGUGAAACCUCAAAAUGCCGUCCUAGUGCGGGUGAGAGACUUGGUCUUCAACAAGGAAUACACGGUUCAGUGCAAAUAUCUCUUCGGGUGCGACGGCGCCCACAGCCUUGUCUUGCAGCAACUCAAAAUUCCCGUUUUAAGAGGAAAGGGUGCUGGUAUAAAGUCAUGGGAUCUUUUGGUAAGAGUCGACCUCUCUCAUACAAUGCAGUUUCGUCGUGGAAAUCUGCAUUGGACGUUUCAAGAUGAUCACUUGCACCCAGGGAGACUUUUGGUGGCUCACCCCCGUGUGUAUAAGCCUUGGAACGAAUGGGUCGUUGGUUUCUCCUGGGCUCCUGGUGCAGCGCCCGAGUCGGAGAUGGUCCCAACCCAUGAAGACUGGAGCAGGAGGCUAAAAAAGAUGGUCGGAGAUGAUAGUAUCGUACCAGAAAUCUUGGAUAUUUUCACUUGGGAAAUGGAUAAUGCGGUCGCACAGCAUUCAUCUGAAGGUCGUGUUUUUUGUUUGGGGGAUGCUGUUCAUCGUCAUGGACCUGGUGGGGCCUUGGGGUCGAACACGGCUAUUCAAGAUGCAUACAAUAUUGCGUGGAAAAUAGCAUAUGUCCUUAAAGGACAAGCCGGCCCGGGGUUGCUCGAUAGUUACUCAACGGAACGGAAUCCAGUCGGAGCUCAAGCUGCUUCCAGCUCCAUGGAUGCCAUUUUUGCUAAUAUGGCCAUCUGGGAAGCUCUCGGCGUGCUAGGAGGAUGUGCUAAGGCAGUGAGGGAACAACAAAGCAAGCUCGCUGAAAAUAGUGAUGAGGGCCGAAGUUUGCGUAAGAGUCUACGAAAAGUUCUCGAGAACUCCAAAUUCGGAAUCGAGGGACUUGGAAUCGAAAUGAACCAACAUUAUCAAUCUAGCGCUAUCUGGCUCCGAGACGAAAGUGAGCCCCAGGACCUUUCAGACUCACGGCUUCUUUAUCACAAAACAACUUUUCCGGGCUCCCGUCUUCCCCAUGCAUGGCUUAAUACGGCCAUUCCGACUAGGCCUAUUUCUACAAUUGACCUAGCAGGGCAUGGUCGUUUCACCAUAUUUACUGGGAUUGGCGGAGAGCAAUGGAAGAUAUGCGCUCCCAAAGUCGCAGCUGCCCUUGGACUGAGUAUAGCGGUAUUCUCAAUUGGACAUGGCCAGGACUAUGAAGAUCCUGCCUUUGAAUGGGAAGCUCACAGAGAGAUUGAUGAAUGUGGCGCCGUCCUAGUCCGACCAGACCGUUUUAUAGCAUGGCGCUGUAAGGAGGUCCCAGAAGGCUGCGAAGCUACGCUUUUGACCGUCCUUAAGGAAAUAUUGUCAGCCUGA